AGUAUAUAAUAUGCUUCGUAAUUUUUUCUCCUUCCAUAGUUAUUAAGCGUGUGGUUGUAAUUAUUGUAGCCAGGGUCCAACCAUCGGUGUAUCCCAUAGUCGACGGGUGUGAAGAUGGCGAACUUUGUGGAAGAGAAUCACCAAGUAUCUGAAAUCGGGGAGUCAAAUGUGGACGUGGAUCCAUCAGUUUUGAAUGGAGUAAGAAGCGGGAACAGGUCAAGUUUCAGGACAUCACAGCGCGUCUACAAGCCCGUUCAGAACGGUAGAAAUGACUUGGGAAAUCCACUUUACCCCUAUGGAGGAAACUUUCAAGGACAACAAUACAAUACAAAUUGGGGAAAUGAUAGCAACAUACAAUUUGAACAGGGAAGGAUGUCUUCCGGCAACGCUGGGGGUUAUGGAAGCUACGGAACCAACUCGUACACUGGACAAAAUGGGAAUUAUAUGCACAGCAGCUAUGGGAAUGCAAACGCUAGCAGUGCUACUUAUGGUACGAGUAGCAAUAACUACGCUGGAAACGCCAAUUAUGGAGGUACAGCCAGCAGCAACUACGGCAGCAGGAUGCCAUUGAUGGGAAAUGGAGGCCAAAUGCUGAACAGUGGCAACAUGCCACAAGGAAUGCCCAUGGGCAACAUGAAUCCAAUGGCAACAACGUCCAAUAUGGCGGGAUCAACUGUACCAAUUUCUGAAUCCAACCUCGAGGAGAUUGCCUACCUUUUCACAUACCGCUAUUAUUCGCUUUUGAACAACAACCCGUCAUCAAUGUACAAUCUCUAUUCCAAGGAAGGACACCUGUCCAAACCGGAUUUGUCCGGGAAGCGGGUCUUGGCCAUGGACCAUAAUGAGAUUCGUUCAUACUAUCAGCAGUUUAGCAACGUUAGCUUUACCUCCAACAUACAAAAUAUUGAAAUACAACCGAUUAACAAUCAAGGACUCUUGCUAGUACUCAUCACAGGUACUUUUACCCUCGUGUACCCAGAAGGUCAUGAUGUGCUGGAAGAGACAAAGAGCUUUGCACAGUCGGUCGUGCUAUCUGGAGACUUGAGUAGAAGCAGAUUUCAUAUUGUUAAUGAUAUACUGGUUGAAACUAGUGGAGAAGGAGCAAGUGAAAAUGUAGAAACUGUUGCUGCAGGUACUACGGAGGUUGCAACAGCGGCCGUAGGAGUAGCUACAACUGGAGCACCAGCCCCGCAAGGUGAAGUCGUACAAGAAGCUAAGAAACCAAGUGCCGACAAGGACAGUUUUAAGCUUGCGAUUUUCGGGAUUCCUCACAUGGUUACCGAGGGUAUCCUGAGAGAUUUAUUAAAUCAGAGACUUAAAAAGUUGAAUCACGACGGUCGUGUCGUUGAUAUUGCUCUUAAACUGCAAAAACCAAGUGCAAGGAACAAAAACACAAAUGAGUCCUUCCUAUAUGCCUUCGUCGAAUUGGAUUCACCAGAGAGCGCAGAACUGCUCCUUCUGAACGGCUUGCAGAUACACGACAAGGUUAUUACUCUUGAAGCAUACAAAAGGAAUACUGACAGAAAGAGACACGAAGGCAAACACUCCGGUAACCCUUCCAAAGUGCCAGAGUUGCUGAGAAAAGUUAAAAGAUGA